UCCAAUCAAAUCUGAAAUCUAAAGCCUUCGCUCAUUUGGACCCUCCCGCCUCUUCCUCUUCCUCUUCCUCUUCCUCUUCGUAAUUUCACUCCACACUCAUCUUCCUCCUUCAUCCUUCCUCACCGUCAUGGUUGUCAUCUACACGCUCUGAUUAUACCUUCAAUCUCACUCAAUCACCUAUUCUUGCUGCGACUUUUUUCUCCGGUUUUAGGGAUCCAUUUUGCCUGGGUGCGGGCCCGAAUUCUCUGGAAAUCGGACUGGAAAGAACACCCAUACGAUUCCCCGUCGAUCGCCAAUUUCAUAUCCCUGAGUUGGUUGCUACAGACGACGGAAUUGCGCCGAAUUUCAUCACGUUGAUUUGGUUGGAAUAUUUGCGGUGCGGAGGCGGCGUAGAUAAUGGGGCUGCUUAGUAUCAUUCGUAAAAUUAAAAGGAAGGAGAAGGAAAUGCGCAUACUCAUGGUAGGUCUUGACAACUCUGGGAAAACUACGAUCGUUUUAAAGAUUAACGGGGAGGAUACUAGCGUUAUCAGCCCUACACUUGGCUUCAAUAUCAAGACUAUCAUCUAUCAGAAGUACACACUUAACAUAUGGGAUGUUGGGGGCCAAAAGACUAUAAGAUCCUAUUGGAGGAACUAUUUUGAGCAGACUGAUGGUUUAGUAUGGGUUGUUGACAGUUCUGAUCUUAGAAGAUUGGAUGAUUGCAAAUCAGAACUCGAUAAUCUUUUGAAAGAAGAGAGGCUUUCUGGAGCAUCAUUGCUUAUUCUAGCUAAUAAGCAGGACAUAAAAGGAGCUCUUUCUCCUGAGGAAAUUACUAAAGUGCUGAACUUGGAAGCCAUGGACAAAACCCGGCACUGGAACAUUGUUGGCUGCAGUGCCUUCACUGGUGAGGGGCUGCUGGAGGGGUUCGAUUGGUUGGUCCAAGACAUUGCCUCCAGAAUCUAUGUGCUAGACUAGUACCUUUUCGAUUCCAUUUCUCGUUCCUGUGGAAACUGAUCUAAAUUUUGUUGAACAUGUGUGUUGCUGCCUGCUCUUUCAUGUUAAACGCUCAUCAGUUUUGAAGA